UGGAAAACAGUCGACGGCCAACCGCCGCGCGGGACACACGCCCGUGCCUCGCUUAAAAAAAAAUCGCGCGCGCGCGAAACCUGACAAUAAAUUACGAUUAAAUAGUUAUUAAUUCAAAAUUUAUUUAUAAAAAUAGUAUUAUUAGUGUUAUUUAGAUGCCAAAAUUUAAUCAACAAUUUGACAAUAAAAUAUAGAGAUUCUAUUUUGUAAAAAUAUAUUCAUAGAAUAAAGAUGACAGAUCAGAAGAAUAUGGAAGUAUGCGGGAGUGUUAUGGACGGUGUUGCUGAGAAGGGAGGCGUGCUGGAGUCGCCCAGUAAGAAGGGAGCGACGGAAUACACGGUGUACCCCAUUCGAUGGCUGGUUUUGUUCGUGUUCGUGUUCAACUCGGCCUCGAACUCGAUGCAAUGGAUACAGUACACUAUAAUUCAGGACGCGAUCGUCAAGUACUACGGCGUGUCGAGUAUCCAAGUUUAUUGGACUUCGAUGAUCUUCAUGAUUACGUACAUUCCUCUCAUAUUUCCCGCCAGCUGGCUGUUGGAUAAGACGAAUCUGCGCGUGACCACCAUCAUUGGCUCCUUCGGGACCUGCCUAGGAGCAUGGCUGAAGGUGUUCUCAGUACCCCAGGAUAUGUUCUGGCUGGGCUUCACCGGCCAGACCGUGGUAGCUGUGUCCCAGGUCUUCAUACUCAACGUGCCUCCGAGGCUGGCAGCUGUGUGGUUCGGAGCUGAUCAGGUGUCCUCAGCUUGCAGUAUUGGCGUGUUUGGAAAUCAGCUAGGCGUUGCUGUCGGGUUCGUGCUGCCUCCGAUGCUGGUCCGUGCAUCUGGCACCAUUCCUGAGAUAGCGGCUGAUCUACGGCUCAUGUUCUACCUCAUCGCUGGCUUCACUAGCGUGCUGUUUGUCUUCAUACUGCUUUUCUUCAAAGCCGCGCCCCCGUCACCGCCCUCAGCCGCAGCCGACCUCGGCAACAGCCUGGACUCGAACUUCCUCCUGUCUCUGAAGAAGCUCAUCACCAACCGCAACUAUGUGCUGCUCCUCAUCUCGUACGGACUCAACGUGGGGACCUUCUACGCCAUCUCUACCCUGCUCAACCAAGUCAUUCUUACUUAUUAUCCGGGUGCCAACAUAGACGCUGGUCGCAUCGGCCUGGUGAUCGUAGUGGCGGGCAUGGCAGGCUCCGUGGUCUGCGGCCUCAUCCUCGACAAGACGCAUCGCUUCAAGGAGACCACGCUCUCGGUGUAUGCUGCUUCGGUUGUGGGCAUGCUCAUCUUUACCUUCACUUUGGAUUGCGGCUAUAUCUCUGUCGUGUAUUUGAGCAGUAUUUUACUUGGGUUCUUCAUGACCGGCUACUUGCCCGUCGGAUUCGAGUUUGCUUCAGAAGUCACGUAUCCUGAACCAGAGGGCACCACAUCAGGAAUCUUGAAUGCUGUAGUCCAGAUAUUCGGCAUAGUAACGACCCUCUUGUACGAGUGGAUGCUGGGCACGGUAGGAGAUCGCUGGUCAAACCUGACCCUAUGUGGGUUGCUGGCAUUCGGCACGGCCAUCACGGCCGCCAUUCGCUCCGACCUGCGCCGACAAGCUGCGCAGAACAACGCCAAGGAGUAGACUAUAACGCCACAUGUUCUGUUCUAAAAGUAUUUUUAAAUCAAUGCAAUUGUAAGAAGGUUUUAUUAUGUAGAAGAGUAUGACAUUACGGGCUAACAAAUUUUAAAUGAUAAAAAUUCUCCCAGUUUCUUUUCUCUGUGGUCGAUGUUGAAUUUUUCGUUGUGCAAUCUGUAGGUGUAAGUACCAUCUGUGACUACAGUUUAGGAGAAGCAGACGUUGAUAUCUAAUUAACAUUGAUUAUAUAGAGAUAUUAAAACAUUGCCCUAGGCGAUAAUAUUUUCUGGACUAACUUUGAGGCACACAUUUGUCUCGAAUUCAUAAAACCAUUGAAUGUGAAAGUGUGCCUCAACUUGAGGCUAAGUUCAAUGCCUCGUGAACUUCUUCAUUACCCGAGGACAAAACGAUGUAGGUUCUAGAUUUUAAUGUAGAGCUAGAAACUUUGAAAUCACGACAAUAAUUGUGUGACUGUAACUAUAUACGGUAGUUUUUGCCACAAACUAGAAUAAAAUGGAGAUGUAUUCACUUAUCUAUGGAUGUUGUAGUUUGAUGGAGUAUUUAUGAAAAAUAAAAUUUUUGAUGGAAAUUAUCGACAAAUAUUUUAAAUACAUGAUGUUAUUGUCGUAGCUGAUUGAUACCUAUUUGAAUUAACUAGAAGAGUCUUUGAUAUUAGAAGACUUAUAUUUUGUAAAAUAAAUAACGGAAGCGACUUUCUUGUGGAAUUAGUAAGUGUGGUAUUAUAGUGGAUAUUAAUGAGUUCAGGAUUUAUCUCAUCUUAUUGGUGUUAGGAAAAACAUAUUUGGAAUUAUAUACUUGCAAACGGUAAUAUAAAUAAGCUAUAAUAAUAUAGAAGUUAAUAGCUCUAGGUUCUCAAAAAUUAGUACCUAGAUAUUUGUUACAGUUGAAAAAAUUUACGUGAAUAAGUUAACUACUUAUGAUUUUUCGAAAUUAAUGAAAUGAAACUUAUUUAGAUCUUCAAAUGAUAUUUCACCUCUAAGGUUCAAUGCGCCUAAACAACAGACAAUUCUUAUAGGAUAGCAUUCUCAUUUCGAUCAAAGUGAGUUUAUGCCCAAAGAAAUAUUUAAAAACUUUCGGCCUAAAAGGUCAGAUAAUAAAUCUUUAAUGCAUUUAGAACUGUAGGUUAUUAUAACUAUUAUAAAUAAAUAUUUUUAAUUAGUAUACGUAUUUAUAUUAGCAGAGUUCUUGGCAGUUACGACAAGCAGAGCUUGAUACCUCGAGGCACUGUCUGUAGAUAUUAUUUUAUAAUUUAUUUGUGAUUUUGAAUCCUAUUGAUAUUGUGAUCUAUAAAGGUUUUAUUUACUGCUUAGGUACCUAUACUGUGUAAUCUCUUCGUGUUAAAAUUAAAAUUAGUAAUUGUAUAGACGAAAAUGUGGUUUUGAAAAUGCAAGUAAACUCGUGAAAUUGUGCUGAUGAAGUUGGUAUCUAAUAAACGGAAAAUACAUACUUACCUAAUAUUUUAAGGUGCCAAAAUACUUCAGUAGAAAGUGUAGGUACUUGGGUAUGUACAAUGUGAUAGAGGGCAAUCCUACACGUUAAUAAAAUUUAUGCCUCGCCACGACCUGAGGCAUGUUGUACCUAAAGCUGCCUCAGUUGAGAAUCACCCUUCAACUUUAUACGAGUUUACUUGCAUUGUACUUCUAAAAUAAGAAUGUGUAUGUUUGCGUGCCAAUACAUGUAGGUAAUUGUAGGUACGUGAUAUCAAUGUGAUUAUGUUGUGAGUUACCCAGUAUUAAUUAAUUUAAUUAAUUGUGUAAUUAUUGUAAAAGAUCCUUUUAUACCUAUGAAUUAUUUUAGACUUUAAGAUGUGCUACGUUUAUUUAUAGAUCCUAGUAGAUAAAGUUACCUAUCCUGUGUGGUUAUUACUUUAGUUAAAAGCUAUUUAAAGUGAUACGCGAAGCUUCUAAGUAUGGUGGGUUGUCGUGUCAGUUAUUAAUAAAAAACAUGCGAUAGGCUUAGGUAAAGCUAAAUGCUUACGUACCUACGCUUUGAAACACUUUAGAGAACAAAGUGCAAAUUUGUUUCGUUUGUCUAUGCUUUUGUUGAGGAGUUGAUGUUUAUUUUGCGUAUUAAUGAGGUAUAGAAAGCUCUUCAAUAAAACUUAAGGUUCCUAUAAAACUUGUUUCUACCAAAAAUGUUCAGUUUAUUUUUUUGUCUAGGUACUUUCCAAGCUACAGCCCUUUUUAAAUAUUCAACCACUUCCACUACUUCUUACCUUAUCAAAUUAUAGGUGAAACAUAGUUGUACGUGAAACUGAUCAUUUCUUUGAUCUGAGACCUAUCUAUUAAAGUGACAACAAUUAGGUACAAAGUUUAAAAACUUUGGGAUCUUUCUAAUUGGACCGUCCGUUACCUACCUAGGUACCACGCCGCACGUCCAGUUUGAAAGAACCCUUUUAAAGACAUGCAACGUAAUUUAACCGAAUGUUUGUAAGGCUAAUAAAAAUAUUUUUGGAAAAGAUAGGUAGGUAGUCAGUCACUAUGCUUCUUAUGCUUCAAGUUUCACUGUCAUUCCAAUAGAUUUAGUUAAGUUUUACUUUUUAAAUAGAUACCUAAUCAAUGUGUUAAAAUGUUAAAUAAUUGUUUAAUAAAAUCUGUUGAUGGA